AUGUCUCCCGACACCGUCACCUCCAGCAUCCUUAACGCCUCCCAGCACGCUCAGGACAAGAAGGAGCAUGAGUCCCACCAGGAGAAGAAGCCCACCGGCGCCGGAGUGAACACCGGAGCGGGCAGCAGCAGGCCCAAGACCGAGGCCGAGUUGGAGGCUGAUCGCGUCUAUGAGGAGAGGAUGGAGGAGGAGUAUGCUAAGCGGGAGGGUGGUGCCUAA